GAACUACGAUAAUAUUUUAAGCCAUCUUGCUUGGAACUGAAUCCUUGAUCUCAAAUUAACAGUAACGCAGACCGUGCGAGUUGGUGGGAGUUGGUGGUUCUUUCAAAACAUGCUCACCCUUCGGUUGCUACAAUGGCCGGAACCCUUCUCUCAGGAACGAAUAUUAUUUACAACGGAAACCCGUUGAUCGAUUUAUCUCUAAGUGCUUUCUUGGAUAAAUUCAUGGAGAAGAAAGCAAAGCAAAACACUUGGCAUGGUGGCUCCCAGAUCGAACCUUCCAAGAAGCUUGACAUGUCAAACCGUGUGAUUGGAGCUGAGAUUCUCUCGUUAGAAGAAGCAGACGUGGCUCCUGAAGAUCUAGUCUUCCACAAGUUCUAUGUGAACAAGAUGAAUAGUACGAAACAAUCAAAGAAAAAGAAGAAGAAGAAGCUACCUGAAGAAGAAGCUGCCGAAGAACUUUACGAUGUGAAUGAUGGUGAUGGUGGAGAAAACUAUGGUAGUGAUGUUGAACUCGAUGGUGGUGAUGAGAGUGACAAUGAUGAGAUUGAGAAUAUGUUGGAUGAUGUUGAUGAUAAUGCUGUGGAAGAAGAGGGCAGUGAGUAUGAUUAUGAUGAUCUCGAUAAAGUAGCAGGAGACGAUGAGGAAGAGCUUGUGGCUGAUGUGAGUGAUGCAGAGAUAGACUCAGACAUGGACAUGGACAUGCUUGAUGGUGAAGAAGAUGUUGAAGACGAUGUUGAUGAUAGUGGUGAUAAUGAUAGUGAUGGUGAUGAUGGUCGUGGUAAGAAGAAAAAGCAAGAGAAAAGAAAACGGAAAUCUCCAUUCGCGAGUCUUGAAGAAUACGAGCAUCUGAUAGACCAAGACGAGAAGGAUGAUUCCAAGUCUAAAAGAAAAGUAGCAUCAGAGCCCACAAAGAAGAAGAAAAAGAAGAAGACCAAAGCAUCAGAGUAAAAAAAGUUUAAAGUAAGAAGCAAGACUUGUUGAGUGUUAUGCAAGGCUCCUUGUGCUGCUGAGUGUUAUACUGAAACGCCGGGGAUAAUUUACCCCAAUUUUUGUGGCCUUUUUUUUUGUUUUCAUCUUUGAAGAAAAAUAUAUUGUACGAUUAUGUUUUAAUUUAAUCACUUGAGACUUGAAAGUUGA